UGGCCCUUGCUCUUGACCACCCCAAGACCGAUAUUUGGGAUACCUGGGUGCGUUUAUUGAACCCUCUCACAGGGUGUAUUUCAGAGAACUCGCCGUGCUUACGUGUCAAUAUGGACAAUGUUCUUGGAUUUGGGUAUGAUGAGUCAAGUGAUAGUUACAAGGUACUGGCUAUCAUUUGGGAUUCUUCUGGAACAUUGAUUACGCAAGUUUAUAGCUUUGGUGGCAGUUCAUGGAAGAGGAUCAAAAGUUUUCCUGCUUUUCCGUUUUCUUCUGAAGAUAAUGGCUCCUUCAUCGGUGGCACUCUUAAUUGGAUAGCUCUCCGUACCCCGCAUGGAGGUCGUUAUGAUUGGAAUGCUGUUACACUUGAUAUGUUAACGCUUGUUUCUUUUGACCUGAAAUCGGAUACAAGUAAAGAGAUUCCGCUUCCAAAGGGUAUCGAUGAGAUCCCCAGUGAAGAGCAAACUCUGGGAGUUUGGGGAAAUAGCCUGUAUCUUCUUCAUGAUUACCAGAACACUCAUUUUAUUGCAUGGCAAAUGAAGGAGUUUGGAGAUGAAAAUUCUUGGACUCAAUUGCUAAAGAUUAGUUUUCACCAUCUCGGUGUUGAAUGGCUAUUUCCAGGAUUUGUAUUUGAGAAUGGAAAUGUCUUCAUGUUGAGAGGCAGCCAUGGUUCUGAGGCAGUUUUUUAUGACCGAAGAGAUAAUAGUGUUAAACGCGUUAAUAUCAACAAUCUUGACUUCGAUGCAUUUGAUUAUGUUGAGAGCUUGGUUCAGCUUUGUUAAAAUUUGGUUCCUAUUCAAAGUUUUGCUUCUGCAGCAUUUUGUUCUGUCAGCAAAGUUCAGGUCAUUGUGAUUAUUUUGGGUGAUUCCUUACUUUGGCUACUUCUUGUUGUUGGAUCCAAAUUUGUAGACGGAUCACUUUUAUUUUGGCUGCAAACUUUAUAUAUACAGGGUCUGGAAAAUGUGACACCAAUGGUUACAAAGAUAGACCAGAAGAGUGCAAUAGAGCUUGAAUCAUAUGGCUUGGGUACAAGAAUGGUAAUUCCUACUAGUAGUAGUUAUAGUGAUUAGAUCUUAGCAUGUUGCAACCGUAAUGUUGAGAACUUUAGAUGAUACAACAUGUGUAGCAUGUUAUUGCAAGCAUAGGAAUGUAAGCAGUGAAGAUUAAGAACCAAAAUUUUAUAGAACUAGAAGCAGUUAUUAGGUGAUAUAUAUGUGUGGUAAUUCCUUUGCCAAUGUUAUUAGUUCCUU